CUCACUUGGUUCGGGUCGCAUUUAGUCAGCGCACCUGAUAAAGGCAUGCCAACGUUAGCUUUUGUUACAAUUAAUUUAUUGUGGUGUGAAGUGUACCUACGUUUAGUGAAGUGAAUAAAAGACAACAAUGAUCAAAUCCAUCGUGCUCCUGCUGACCAGCACGUAUCUGGCCAAUGGCAUACCUCCCCCGCACCCCGCGGUGGUCGCAGUACGUCACGCUGAAGAGCAGCUACCCUUCCACCUAAGAAGCCCGGCGUUAUGGAACCGAAAUCUCCAAGAAGUUCUGCCUUUGACCAGUCUGUUGCAUAAUGGAGAGAAAGCGGUUUUCGAAAGAGAAGCGGACACAGUAUCGAGAACGGAAAUCUACAAAAUCUUGACGCACGCGGGCUUCAUUGGUAGGAGGAAUUACAUCAACCAGUAUCCCUCAAAUAAACACAAUCACGCUCAUUAUUACCCUCCCAGUAAUGAUUCUCCUUUUGUACUGAACCCAGAUUUAUUACAAUAUUUAAAGUGAAGACGGAAUUAAGUUCCUCUACUUAAUUACAUUUUGUAAAUAUUAUCGUAAAAUGAAGACCAGUGUCCCUUUCCUUUAUCAUCCUAUAAUUCCCCUCUAGGCUCUAUUCCAAAGUGUUCUUUUUAAAAUAUGAAACAGCAGCUAUGGGUGUAAUCUCCUCUUCAUUAGUUAUUUUAUUGUAUUCACCCAAAAGUCACUUUUCCGUCGAAUAAAAAGUGCAAUGCCAAUGUAUUUUUGCGUUAUAUGAUAAAAUUAUUUUUGCUUUACUAUAGAGCCAUAUUGUUUGUAUGUCCGGUAGAUUGAUGUAUUGUAUAUUGAUUUUUGUACAUAUAGUUUCAUCUUAA